CACGGUGUGAGUCACACCUCACAUGCUUUCCCUUCUUUCUCACUCUCCAACUCGCGUCUCCUCGAAGGUCGUCUUCUUUCCACGUGAUCCGUCUUCCCCAUCACAACUCACAAGCUCCUCGCUGUUGCUACUCUCGCUUGCCUUCGACGUCAUCUCUCUCCUUGGAGUCCGCUUCAAUCAACAGCUAUGUCUCACUGAUCUCACUUCUAACACUCGAAGAAGAUUCUUCCAUGUUUCGAUCUGAUUCGGCUCCAGAGAUCGAGAAAGCUUAAGCUUAAUAAGAUACGAGCGAUCGAUAUAUAGAGAGAGAUAUAUUGACGAUGCGUAUGUAAAGCCUGUUUUAACGGAAUCAAUGGCGGGAAAAUCGACUUGAUUGCGAUUUUUUAACCGGGGGGAUCAUAAUGAAGAAGAAGGCGUCGUCGCAGCAGCAGAAGCUGAGGUCAUCAUCAAGAUGUAAGAGGAAAAUAUUCGCGGCGUUGAUGUUCGCUUUCUGCUUGGGGAGCUUCGUCUACUUCCAAGCUCGUUUCAACGGAAUCGCUGCAUCGCUGAAAAAUCAGCAGGCUCGUCUCAAUCAGAAACCUCAGAUCGCCUUCCUCUUCAUCGCGCGGAACCGUCUCCCUCUCGAGUUCGUCUGGGAUGCCUUCUUUCUGGGUGAGGAUGGAAAGUUCUCUAUAUAUGUUCACUCAAGACCUGGAUUCGUACUCAGUGAGGCUACGACUCAAUCCAAGUACUUCUUGAAUCGCCAAGUUAAUGACAGUAUACAGGUAGAGUGGGGAGAAGCUACCAUGAUUGAAGCAGAACGUGUAUUGCUCAGACAUGCUCUUAGAGAUCCCUUUAAUCACCGCUUUGUUUUUCUUUCUGAUAGCUGCAUACCUCUGUACAGUUUCAGCUAUACGUAUAACUACAUCAUGUCCACACCAACUAGUUUCGUUGAUAGCUUUGCAGAUACAAAAGAUAAGCGUUAUAAUCCUAGAAUGGAUCCGGUAAUUCAUGUUCAAAACUGGAGAAAAGGAUCACAGUGGGUCGUUCUGAAUAGAAAACACGCAGAAAUUGUGGUGAACGAUACCAUCGUCUUGCCUAUGUUUCAGCAGCAUUGCAGGCGGAAAUCACUUCCAGAGUUUUGGCGAGAUCGUCCUGUACCAGCUGAAGGUUGGAAGGAACACAACUGUAUACCUGAUGAGCACUACGUUCAGACAUUGCUAGCUCAAAAGGGUGUAGAUAGCGAACUCACACGACGGUCAUUAUCACACUCAGCCUGGGACCUUACUUCCACUAAAAGUAAUGAACGUCGUGGAUGGCAUCCUAUGACUUACAAGUUCUCCGAUGCUACUCCUCACCUUAUACAGUCUAUUAAGGGUAUCGACAAUAUCAACUAUGAGACGGAAUACAGGAGAGAAUGGUGUACUAGUAAAGGGAAACCGGCACCGUGUUUCCUCUUUGCACGGAAGUUCACUCGUCCGGCCGCUCUCCGCCUCCUCCGUGAGUCUAUCUUGUUGAAGGACAAAGAGCAAGCCAGUUAAAGUAGUUGAUCCUUAACCACUCAAAAUCAUAUAUUAUACAUAGGUACGUAAGAUUACAAGGAGUUAUUAUGUUUGUAUUUGUAAUUUGUAACACUACAGAGAUGUAAUCUACAUAGAACCUUACCAUUUGGUGAAUGAAUGAAGCAACUGAGCGUUGA